UAGAUGUGUCUUUGGGCUGGCGUAACGGAGCUUGGUUCCCAUAGGUCAUCUCGAUCUGCUGUCAUAUCAAUCCCCCCUACCGAUUAUUACAGCUGUUAGUACGAUUGGCUGUGAGGUCGUCGAACACACUGAGUAAAACCUCCGAGAGGAUUAAGAAGCCCGCACUAUUUGCUUGCCUCUUUUUGUCGAUUAUAUAGCUCCAGCACCAUGUCGGGAAUCAAACGUAAAGGCUCGAACAGGCACAAGGCCUAUGGAAUGACUGCGGAACUGAAUCGCAAGAUCAGCUCCAAGUAUCCCAAGGAUCUCGAUAUGCAGUGCAGGGAAUGGGUCGAGAUGAUGGUGGGAGAGAACAUCAACUGGGGGGUUGAGCACGAGUACAGCAAGCCCGGUGAUGCUUUAGCUGACGCACUUGACGAUGGUGUCCUCCUCUGUAGAAUCGUGAAUGAAGUCAUCCCAGGAACUAUAAAGAAAGUUCACACGGGCGAAAAGAUAAACGAAUUUCAAAAACAAGAAAAUAUCCAGAACUUCCUUGAGGCGUGUACAGAUGAACCCUUCAACUGCAUUCCUGCUGAGCUCUUCCCAACUGUCUAUCUGUUUGAAAGGCAGAACAUGGGCCAGGUGGUCACAGGAAUCCAGGCCUUUGCACGCAGGGCCCACCUAUACGACAAGACAGUUCCUCUCUUUGGACCCAAGCAAAACGAAAGGAAUCCGCGAAAUUUCCCCGACUGGGUGAAAAGCUACCGAGGAGAUCAGUAAYAUCGUCAAAUAAACGAAGAUUUGAACUUACUUUCUUUGACAUUUUUUCAAUAAAAAAUGACGGGUUUUUGUUCACCCGACUAUGAAGAACUGUGCUUAAAAUAGUCUUAAUUUUAUUAGAAGAAUAUCUGCACAGUUGACUGAAGUCAGCUCAUAUAGAACCUAGCUUGCUCACCAAUAAUGGCCCCGCAAUUCAUCAUGGUUAAUGAUUUGUUGAUGUACCCAUAGUUAUAGUUUGCUUAGGAUUAAAGGAUUAAGUCAUUUAUUUGGUAUAAAUUUGUAAUGCAGCGAUAUGAAGUCAAAUAUGGUAACCUAAUAUGGUAUAAAUAAAGUUUUAUCAUUAUGUAA